AAUUAAGUAGGACAAAACAUUUUCUCUCUUGAUAAAAGUAGAGAGAGGGUUUAGCUUGAUUCAUUUGCGUAGAACUUCUUGUUUAUUUUCUUCUUCUUGUUUCACCAACAAUGUAUCAUCCUUCUCCGGAAAAGCCUACAUUAACUCCAUGCCACGGGGUUGCCUGGACUAUGCCGUUGGCAGCCACAGCAUGCCAUGGUCGACGUCCGGAGCACCCCGUGGGUUUGUGCGUUAGAUACCGGAAGCCUAAUAAAAAUUUGAUCACCUAUAAUAAUGACCGCUCUUUUGGCUUUGAACCAACUCGUUGUUCACAACCUCGAGUCGCUGUUAAUCAAACGGAGAGUCAUGGUCAGGAGCCCGAGAGUUUUCGCCCCUUGGCGAACUUUCCCACCAGUUUAUGGGGAGCUCGAUUCUCCGCCUUCGCUUUAGACACGCAGUUGCUUGAAAAAUACAGUAAAGAGGUUGAAGUGCUGAAGGAAGAAGUGAAGGACAUGCUAAUUGCAGUGAAGGGCAAACCAGCAGAAAAGAUGGUUCUGAUAGACGCACUCGAACGACUGGGCGUUUCCUACCUCUUCGACAAAGAGAUUGAGGAGCUCUUGGAACACAUGUUUUUGAAUUUCGAGGAAUAUAGUCGUGUUUUCGAGGACAAUUUGUUCAUGGUGUCGCUUCACUUUCGUGUAUUCAGGCAACAUGGCUACAGCCUGUCGUCCGGUGUGUUUGAAAAAUUCAAAGACUGUAAUGGGGAGUUCAAGGAAACCCUAAGCAAAGAUGUGAUGGGUAUGUUAAGCCUUUACGAAGCAACUUAUUUGAAGACACAUGGAGAAGACAUACUCGACGAGGCUUUGUGUUUCACGAAAGCUGGGCUCGAGUCCUUGAAACCCCAUUUAAGCCCGAAUUUGGCUAAACAAGUGGCCCACGCUCAGUACCAACCGGUCCAGAGGAGCAUUCCAAGAGUCGAAGCUAGGCAUUACAUCUCUGUUUAUGAAAAUGAUGCUUCUAGGAAUGAGAAGCUGCUGAGGCUUGCAAAGAUUGAUUUCAAUUUGUUACAGAUGUUACACAAGAAAGAACUCUGCCACAUCUCCCGGUGGUGGAAAGACUUGGAUCUAGUUUCGGAAGCUCCUUACGUGAGGGACAGAGCGGUGGAAUGCUUUUUCACUUCUGUAUCAACUUAUUUCCAGCCACAAUACUCUCUUGCUCGUUUGAUUCUCACCAAGGCUACUUUAAUUAUAUCAGUUCUGGAUGACACCUACGAUGCUUAUGGUACCUAUGAAGAACUCAAACUUUUCACUAAUGCGGUGCACAGGUGGGACAUAAAUGCCAUGGAUCAACUCCCAAAGUACAUGAAGUCGGUGUACAAAGCUCUCCUAAACCUCCAUGAUGAAAUUGAGAGGGAGAUGGCAAAGCAAGAAAGAACCUAUGCCGUUCAUUACUUAAAAGAGGCGUUCAAAGAAAUAAUAAGCUGCUACAGAAGGGAGGUGGAGUUGUUAAAGAAAGGACAUGUACAAUCGUUCGAUGAGUAUAUGGUCGAUGCAUCAAUAACCAUCACAAUUCCAUUGCUCACAACGGCAUCGUUCAUAGGCAUGAGAGAGAUUGCUACCACAGAUGCAUUCCAAUGGUUACAAACUAAACCUAGAUCCUUAACGGCUCUCUCUACCUUAUGCCGACUCCUCAAUGACAUACAAACCUCCAAGGCUGAAGAGUUGAAGGUGCGCCACAUGGCUACAGGAGUUGAGUGCUACAUGAAGCAGCACGGUGUUUCAAAGUCGGAGGCCGUCAAUGAGUUUUACGAAAGAAUUGAGAAUGCAUGGAAGGAUAUCAAUGAAGAGAUGAUGAUGAGGCCAGCUGCGAUAUCCAAAGAUCUCCUCAUGCGGAUUCUCAACUAUGCGCGCCUUCACGAUGUGGGUUACAAGAACGAUGAUUGGUAUACUCAGGCAGAAUGUGUCAAAGACCAUGUUAUCGCAUUGUUUGUCGAUCCCAUCCCCGUGUGAUCAUCGUGCAAUUUCAAUAAUUCGGUGCAUGAUUUCUAGUUAUAGUAACUAAUUAUAUAAGCAAAUCGAGGGGGAUUUCAAGUUGUAUCCAUGGGAAACUAUAAUGCUCCCGGGUUCAAACACACACUUUCACGCGACGUCGGAUUAAGUAUUGUGUUGGAGGAAGAAGAGUAUUGUGUCAUUAGUUCCCGUCCUCAUUUAGGAAUGGUUGUGAUCUUAAUUUGUUACUAUAAUUUAGACAGUACGCAGUAUCUAGUUUGUCUAUCUUCAUAGGGCAUUGUUCUGUCGAUGCUGUUGUACUUGAUGUUUGACACAUACGGUGGAGCAGCGAAUCUAUUUUAAA